AUGCCGAGCGUGUCCGGUGGCGUGUCCACCCCCACAUCAGCCACCGCUGCGGGCGGGGAGGUGGUGUCCGCCUCGCUGGAGGGCCUGGUGCACGCCCUGGACGGGCUGAAAACCUCGCUGGGCUACGACGACUUCGCCACCGUGCAGUCCCUCAUCGGGGACCUGCGGGCUGAGAACCUGGAGCUGCGCUCCUAUGCCGAAACGGCCAUCAGGGAGGCGCAGAAGCUGAAGGAGGCGCACGACGCCCUGGCAGAGCAGCUGGCGGAGCGCGCACUUGAGGACCGCGUGGGGCGGGCCGUGGCAGAGACCAACCGCCUGGCCUCCCUGGCCGACGACUUCGACCGGGAGCUGGCGCCAGGGCGGGGCGAGGAGGUUGAGCGCGCCAAGCGCGAGGCCGAGGCCCUCCGCGCCCGGGUUGGCGACCUGGAAGCGGAGCGUGCCGACCUGGAGCGGCGGCUGGCGGCGGCCGAGCGUCGGGCGCAGGAGGCCGAGCGUCGGGCCCAGGAGGCCGAGCGCCGGGCCCAGGACGCUGCCGCGAGUGCGGCGCGCACCACCUCCAUCCGCCUGGCGGAGCUGGCACUGCAGAACGAGGACCUGCGACGCGAGGUGGCCAGCCUGAGCGAGACCAUGUUCGGCAAGACCUUCCGCCCGCCCUCGGCCUGGGCGGAGCGCGAGGCUCGCCUCUCUGCCGUGCUCCAGGAGCGGGACGCCCUGCGCGGCCAGCUGGCGGCCAGCGUGGCUGUUGUGGGCGAGGCCACUGUGGGCGCGGCUGCUGCCGGCGCGGCCGCAGGGGGCGUGGGUCCCAUGGCCGAUGAGAGCGGCGCCGGCCCUGCCACCUCGGCCGCCUCCGUGGAUGCCGACGCCCGCGCGUCCCCGAGAAGAGACGCGGAGGCCGACGCGGCGCUGGCGCGCAGCGAGGCGCGGCUGGCGGAGCUGCACGCCCGGCUGGAGGCGGCGGAGGCCGCGCGCCGCGCGGCGCUGGCCGCGCUGCGCGCCGCCCGCGGCGGCGGGGUGAAAGGCGCCGCAGGCGAGGGCGUGACACAAGGAGGCGCGGCGGCGGGGGGCGAGCUUGCCGCCGCCGAGGAGGCCGGCGAGCGCGAGCCCGCGGCGGAUCCGGCAGCGGAGCCCGCGGCCGAGCUGGAGGCGGAGCUGGUGCGGGCGCAGGAGGAGCUGGCAGGCGAAGGCGUGGACGGACCCCGCGCGGAGGAGCUGGCCUCGAGGCGGGAUGGGCUGGUGGCGAGGCUGGUUGGAGCGCCGGCGGGUGGGGCUCCUGCGUCCUCGCGCGAAGAUGAGGUGGAGCCAGGCGGGGCGACUGAAGAUGGGGACGUGGCCACCCAGCGCCUGCUGAGCGCGUUGGUGGCACGGGCCGGCCUGCAGGCGGCCCUGGCGGUCGCGGAGGCGGAGGCGGCGCAGCUGAAAACGGGCGUGCGGCCGGGGUCCGGCGGGCGGGGGACGCCGCGCAGCAGCCCUCACGCGGCAAUGGCCCAGGACGAGGGCGGGGCGGCGAGCCAGGGCAGCCAGGCGCACCCUGCCCAGCCCGGGGCGGCGCAUCAGGACGGGGCGGGCGGCGCGCAGGUGGCUGGCACGCUGGCGGGUACCGCCGCGCAGACCGCCGCGCAGACCGUGAUACCCCAGGCGGGCGGCUUCGCGUCGGCCAGCGUCUCCCGUACGACGACUGCCGAGCAGGCCGUGUCACCUGCACUAGCCGCAGCAGACAGGGGCGGUGCCGCCGCCCCCUUGCCCGCAGGCCCCGCGUCGCCGACGGGCUCGGCGGCCUCUGAGGCCGCGCGCGCGCUGGCGGCCGACCGCGCCGCUGCGGACGCGGCCUGGGAGGACUACGCGGCCUCCAGCGACCUGCCCGCCCUCAAGCGCGCGCGCGCGGAGCUGGAGGCGCGGUGCGCGCUGCUGGAGGCCCAGAUCGGGAAGAUGGCGGGGGAGCUGGAGGAGGCGGACCAGGACAAGGCGGAGAUUGAAGCGCGGGUGGACGCCGCCGUGCGCACGGGCGACGUCACGCCACUGAAGGAGCCCACGCCCAAGCGCACGCCCGGCGCCAAGACCGGGGGCGGCAAGUCGCAGGGGGGGCGCGCGCAGGAGGAGCUGCGCGCGGUGCGGGCCGAGAACCAGAUGAUCAUGGAGCACCUGGUGAUGACCAAGAUCCGCAUGGCGGAGAUGGAGGGGGACUACCUGGAGAGCAAGCGCGCGCUGCUUCGCGCCCGCGAGAAGCAGUUGGAGUUGACCAAGAAGCUGACGGCGGUGCAGGCGGCGGCCCCCGCGCUGCUCGCCCCCGCGCGGAGCACCACCAGCGCCGGACCACUCAGCGCGGCGGCCGCCGGCUCACCGCCCGGCCCCCAGGCCAGCGAGGUGGGGGAGUCUGGGGGCGCGACCCCGGAGCCGGCCACCGCGCCGUCGCCCAGCCCCCGCGACUCUGGCCGGUCCGGCGGGAGCCGCGGCCUGCGUAUCCCGGGCUUGGCCUGA